AUGCAUACCACAGCCAGGGCAGUCAUGCCCAAGGACGAUGUGCCCACAGCCGAUGCAAAGUCUGGCGACAUUGCUCAAAUUGAGCGCACGAUUUCCACAACUUCGAUUGACCCUUCAGUCGAGAAAGACCACCAGGACUACAACCGUAUAGACAACGAGGUUGCAAAAUAUGCCUCCGACUCAGUGAUCGAGAUCACACCAGAGGAAAACAAGAGAUUGAAAAGGGCGAUCGAUAAGCGAGUAUUGACAAUCAUGGUUGCCACAUACUUCCUCCAGGCUCUUGACAAGGGAACCAUGAGCUUUGCUGCAAUCAUGGGCAUUCGAACAGAUACUCACCUUGUUGGUCAGCAGUAUUCAUGGCUCACAACCUGCAUUUACAUCGCUGUUCUUGUCGUUGAGUAUCCAACCAACUGGAUAAUUCAGCGAGUGCCAAUAGCCAAAUACCUCGGUCUUAACAUCAUCCUCUGGGGCAUCGUCCUAGCCUGCCAUGCCGCCUGCACAAACUUUCCGCAACUCGUCGCCGUGCGAACUCUGUUAGGUAUCUUCGAGUGUGUCUGCCAGCCCGCCUUUUUGGUCCUCAGUUCGAUGUGGUAUAAGAGAGAAGAGCAGGCACAAACCGUCGCUUUGUGGUAUUGCAUGAAUGGUGGACAACAGAUCGUUGGUGGUCUGCUCGCCUACUGCUUCUCGCUCAUCAAAGGGCAGGCACUCAAAUCCUGGCAGGCUCUGUUCAUCACGUAUGGCGGCUUCAGCGUCUUGUGGGGCGUCUUCGUCAUAUUCUACAUGCCUGAUAGCCCCAUGAGAGCCAAAUGCUUCAGUGAGGAGGAUAAGAAGCUCAUGGUCGAACGAGUGCGAUCCAACCAGACCGGUCUUCAAAACCGCAAGUUCCGAUCUGAACAAGUCAAAGAAGCCUUCCUCGACCCUCAAAUGUAUUGUUACAUGCUCAUCGCAAUAUGCACAACUUUACCCACGAGCGGCCUGGGAGCUUUUUACGGUAUCGUUGUCAAUUCUUUGGGCUUCAGCGUUCUCGAAACUCAACUGCUGGCCAUGGUUCUUGGUGUCGUCAUCAUCCUCAUUCUGCUCUCCAGUGCCUGGCUCGUCAAGAAGUACAACCAGAACUGUCUGACGAUGGGCAUCUUUGUCAUUCCUUCUUUCAUUGGCACGAUCGUACUGAUGACAGUGCAGAACCACGAUAUUGCAACACGAGCUGGCCUCUUGAUCUCCUACUAUGUUGUUCUCACCUUCUGGGCUGCACAGACAAUCUCCAUGUCUAUGAUUUCUCGCAACGUCGCUGGAGCAACCAAGAAGACGGUGGUCGUGGCUGCUAACUUUUGUGCGUGGUGUGCAGGCAACUCAAUUGGGCCACAAGUCUUUCUAGCGUUCGACGCGCCAAGAUAUUUCAUCGCGUUCGCGACACACAUGGGAUGCUAUGCGCUCCUUGUGCUUGUAAUUAUCUUCUUGAGAUGGCAUCUGAAGCGGCAGAACAAGAAGAAGGAUGAGCUUGCUGCUGCUGGCGUGAGGGAAGCGAAGGAUGAAAGAAUGGUUCACGCCUUUGAAGAUCUGACUGAUCGGGAGAAUCCUAACUUCAGAUAUAUGUACUAG